CCCUGGAUUUCUAAGCAAUGCCAUGUCUCUGUAGUGACGAUGCAAUCCUGGAAAGACUAUUUUUGCAAGCCUUGUAGUGCUGCUGUCACCUCUCCGCAGGAGGACAUGGAAUACAGGAUGGGAAACUGCAUUGGAGUCGCACGCAGCCAGGCUGCAGUACACACUGACAAGGUGAGCUCAGUGAACGAGAAAUCUAGUGGUGCAGAGAACGGAUUGGUCCACACAGAUUCAGCCACAGCUGAACUACAGGUGUCUGCUGACGAAGAAGAUAAGGAGCGAAGAAAAGAAGAGGAGGACAAAGAGGAGCUAGAAUUUCCUCAUGACCUGCUGCCCAGCAUAGACCUCAGCACUGAGCUCAAUCUGACCUGGGGAACCUCACUUGGACUUUUUGAGACACUCAGUUCUCCUCAAGUUGAACUAGAAUUCCAAACCCCCACUGAGGAGAUUUUUCCCCCUGUGACUGAGGAGAGUUUUCCACCUGCUACAGAGCAGCCAGAAGAGCCACCAGGCUGCAGGUCCCCCCAGACAGAAGUUGCUGAGAGGAGUGUGUCUGUACCCUCUUCCCCAUCACCCCGACCACAGCAAGCUAUCACUCCUGCCCUCCUUGCCCACCUACUCCAGGACACAGUUGAGUUCACCACCCCGCCCCCUACUCCUCCAGAGAGGGCUCCUUCUGAACCUCAAACACUUCCUUCGGCUCCUUCUCCUUCUGAUUUUCCUGAGACUCCUCCUGCUGCUCCUCUACCUCAUCCAAUUCAAGAGCUCCAGCAUUGUGAACCUCCAGCCAGGAGCUCAGACUCAGACGGAGCGUUCGAAACCCCUGAGUCUACUACCCCUGUGAAGUCUGCUUCCCCACCAGUGCCCGCAUUAGAGCCUCCUGGCACCAGCUUAGAGUCGUUGUCUUUAGGACAAACAGUUUCUUCCACCGUUGACCCCACUGCCAGUGAAGCUAAAGACCCAUUACUUGUUCAACCUCCUAGUCGAUCUCAAUCUGCUGUCUUUGAUGAGGACCAACCAAUAGCUGCCAGCGGCACCUACAACCUUGACUACUUAAUUGCUACCGACCCCUUCCCAGAAUCAAAUUUAGGGUCUGGGCCGCCUAGCCGAGAGGGUCGUGCUCCUCUUACCCGCUCACUAAGCCUACAGUCUGGUGACUUAGAGAGCCCAGGAGACAAAUCCUCAGGAGAUACGUCUGACAAACCCUUUCACCCACGAACAGAGUCCUUCAGCAUAGGAACCGAAAGUGCUCCAGGAACCCUCUGCAAAGCAAAGAAGCCCCAUCCAGCUUCUUUAAAGAAGGAGCCUCUUUCAAGGCAGAACUCAAAUCCAGAGAGCUCCUCAUGCAAACCUGCUUCUUCAAGCAGCACACCGGAAGAGAAAAAGAGGGGGAAACCCCAUGCUGAAAGCCCCUUGAAAACUCAAGAGAGGGACGGUGCUUCACCCAGCCCUAGUCCUAGCCCUGCUGGUACCUUAAAGAGGAACAGGUUAAAAUCUCGAGUGGAGAGUCCUCCACCUUUGGCUGAGGAGAUCACACCUACUCUUGCCUCAAUAUCAGCUCAGCUCCAAGCAGAGGUUCCUGAUUCAGUACCUGAGACCCCAGUUGUCCCUGACGAGGAAUCUCCUAUCCCUCCCAGUGCCUCCUACAAAUGGAAUCCAGACAACUUUGAGAACAUUGAUCCGUUCCAUACGGGAGGCAGUAAAGUUGCUAACUCGCCAUUCUUGGACAGGAAAGCUGAAUUUACAUCACUUUCAGACUCCCUUCAAAGCACCUCUGUUGCUGUAGAGGAGCCCUGUGCCCCUUCCCCUACAGAGCAACCCCUCAGCAUCGAGGAACAGUCAAUCGUAAAGCGACAACCAGUCAGACUGGAGUUUGACUAUUCAGAGGACAGUGGAGAGGUGCCACGCAACACCCCUCCACCCAAAAAACUGGGCAAGAAGCCAGGAGCCAAGAUGCCCAUUAGAAAGCCAAAACUGGGGAUUAAGAAGGCCCCUCCACCUCAAACAGAGCAGCUAGACAAUGCACCUGUCAAACAGCUUUCAAAUGACAAUGAUGAUAUCCCUAUCCCCAAAGCAUCGUAUAACUUUGACCCAAGCAAGUGGGAUGACCCAAAUUUCAAUCCAUUUUCUUCGAACUGCGGCAUCCCCAAAUCUCCUCGCCUGUCUAGAGGAACUUAUAGCUUUGAUCCAAACUCUUUUGAUGACUCUGUCGAUCCCUUCAAACCAUCCAAAAAGAUGGGGAACUCACCUCCAAAGUCUGGCUCUUUUGACCUGUCCACCAAUGACAAUGACAAUGAUAACAUUGUUGAUUUGGAGGACCACAACAAGAACAAACCUGCCAAAAUUAAGAAGAAGCCUCUUAAAUCUAACACUUUUAGAGUGAAGAAGUCGCCAAAGAGGUCUCCGAUUACUGAGCAGUCUGCACAAUGUUGUCCUGUGUGUUCUCCACUCUCGCCCUCCACCUCACACACACAUCAUCACCUGCAGGAACACACACCCGACGCCAGUCCUGACCCUUCACAGGAUCACGCCACUGACGAGGAGAAACUGGCCUCCUCCACCAAUCAGAAAUGGGCAACUCGACAUGACGUGGAGGUGGAGCUGAACUCUGAUCCUCAAGAUUUUCCCCAGCCAUCUGACUUUACAGCUUUUGUCAACAAGAACAGUUUACCCUCACAAAAUGAUGUUACAGACUAUGAGAUUGAGUACAUGGAAAAGAUUGGCUCCUCUGCACCUCCUCUUUCAAUGAAGAAGCCCUCACUUUACCUAAAGCUGGACUCUGUGAAUGACAGUCCAAAGAAGAUCACUAGCAUGCAUGAUUCAGAGCCUAACUCCCCUUGCACUGGGAGCUUUGAGGAGAUGGAGGCUCAGCUCUCACAAGGAAAAUCAUCUGUUCUGCCAUCACAUGGCACUCGUGAGCCCUUGGCCUCAGAGAAAAGCAGAAAGAGGGAGAGUCGAGCGCAGAGCAAUGAGAGAGAUGGAGUGACAUCCCCCAUUCCUCGUGUCCCUCUCCUGCUCUCGGUCCCAUCACAGUCCCUUGUCCAGGGCCCCAUGGACCCCUCUGAUCUGCCCCUCUUAGACAGGCUGUCUGAUUCAACUGCCCCUCUCAGCUACCUGGAGCCUGACCUGGCAGAGACCAACCCCACUGCCUUCGCUCAAAAACUGCAGUCUUGCUUCAUGAAGCCCAGCCCACGCCGCUGGAAUCUCAACGGUUCUAUCUCAAUGGCUAAAAAGACUGCAGGCAAGUCUGCACAGACAGAUUUCAAACUCUGUCGCAGGACGUCCCAUAUACCACAGCAGAGAGAAAUGGCCUCACCAGGAGACAGUGAAGUUUUGAAGAGCUCUCUCUAUUCUCGAACAGGAUACAGUGAAGGGGAAAGCCCUCAUCUGCCUUGUGACAUGGACCACUCGCUGGGCAUUGCCCGAGAAGAGAUUGUUGUCAAAGAGAAAGAAGCCCUGGAAUGGAAGAGACAGUACGAGGACAGCCGACGGGAAGUGGAGGAAAUGAGAAGGAUAGUUAUGGAAUUUGAAAAGACCAUUGCUGAAAUGAUUGAGGGUGAACACAGGCAGAAGACUCUGUCAGAUCACACUAUCCAGCAGUUAAUUCUGGAGAAGGAUCAGGCUUUGGCUGACCUCAACUCUGUGGAGAAAUCUCUUGCUGAUUUGUUCCGCCGCUACGAGAAGAUGAAAGAUGUCUUGGAAGGCUUCCGCAAGAAUGAGGAAGUGUUGAAGAAAUGCGCUCAGGAGUACUUGUCUCGUGUCCGUAAGGAGGAGCAGCGCUACCAGGCCCUGAAGAUCCACGCUGAGGAGAAACUGGAUAAGGCAAAUGCUGAUAUUGCUCAGGUGAGAGCCAAAGCCAAGCAGGAGCAGGCAGCAUAUCAAGCCAGUCUGAGGAAAGAACAGAUGAAGGUGGACUCACUGGAGCGCACACUGGAACAGAAGAACAAAGAGAUUGAGGAACUGACCAAAAUAUGUGAUGAAUUGAUUGCCAAGAUGGGGAAGAGCUAGCCAUCCAGAGACAUGGUUCUAUCCAUACCACAAUGGGACAAACACAGAUAGCAUGGAAAAAGGAAUUAGAGUAAAGAUUGAGGAGAAAGAUUGUGGGGUUUGGUGUCUUUCUGGUGGACAGAACAAUGAACAUACCAAAUGAGCUUUGUGGAUCUCACACUACUGAUGUCUUCAGAAAACAGGACUAUCCAGGAAUAGGAGAAUACAAUUGAUUCCCGCUGUAAUUACUUCCUCUCUUUUGAUUUAUUAAUGUACUGCAGCUAUCUAUAUUGAGGGUCUUGUGAAAGCAGUCCCCAUCAUUAGAGAGUUUUUUGACAGCCUGAAUAGUUUACAUAGUGAGAGAGAGACAGUAUGUGUUUUAGUGAGUGUGUGGUUAUGAGUGCCAUCGCCAUGACAACUACUGAUGGAGCCGACUGUUAAACUAAUUCCUGUGGUACACUCAACUUGAAAACAGAAAUAGAGAGAAUAUAUCAAUAUAGAAUAUAAAACAGACUAAGUAAUCAUUCAGUUGUCACAAAGUGGUAUGUUUUAGGCCUUGACGGUUUUGUAAAUAAUGAAAAUGACUUGAAUAUAGUAAAGGAACAAAGAUUUUAGCAGAUUUUGAUACUGUUAGAUUGAUCUGCUUCCUUGUGUAUCUUUGUAGAUACUUUUUUGUUUGUUUGUUUGUUUGUUUUAUUGUCUCCUGGAAAACUGAUGUGCGAUUUUUAUUUUUGGAUUUUAUUUUGAUAUAUAAAUGAACCCACUUGCCACUGUCAGUGGUUCAGACUUGAGUUGAUUUAAUCUGAAUGGAUUUGUGUCAUUCCUGCUAUGGCUGAUGUUUCACACAGCUGCAAGAUCUGCCAUUUACACAGGACAUACUUACAGAGUGCAAUAAAAGAUGGCAAUACAACA